AUGUUUCCAUAUUAUAGCUUUAAGGGAGAUGUGAAUAGUUGUGUGACCAGGGUCCGAUUCUCGCCUCAAAGGAGUGAUUCCCUGGCUGUCGCUGUAGAUUCCUCCGGAUAUAUAAGGUUGAUGGACCUGAAAGCACAGAAAAGCUCAAACCACAAAUACUUGGAGAAUAUUUUCAUGGAAAAUGACAUGAAUUUGCCACAUUUAUGCGACUUCUCCUUCAGUAAUUCAGGAAGAUGCGUAUACGUGUCCUCAUCAGACGGUUUUGUAACAAUAAGCGCCAUAAACAUGGUUGGAAAGCACUUAAAUAAGGACAACAAUCUGCUAACAAUUCAUGAUACAUAUAUAGGAGGCACAUUUUGUGUUUAUCCCUCUCCGGAAUACGAUUUUAUGAUAUACACCGGAGGUGGAGACGGCUUCCUGAGGCUCUGGGACCUCAGGCUAAUGUCUAGCAAUAAUAAAUAUAGCUCCCAAGAAAAUUCAGCGGAAUUUAAGGCCUGGAAUAAGCCCCUGGUGUCACUCUGGGCACAUGUAGCUCCUCUAUCCUCAAUGAGCCUGAAUAUCCCAGGAAGGAUUAUAACUUGCGGGUUCAACGAGAAUAUCAGGGUCUGGGACUCCAAUUCUCUCGUUCCACUCCAGACUAUUGACGGAGGCUGUGGUGAAAUGGGCGUUUGGGACCUGAUUGUGGACGACAAAACAUCAAAGAUGGCUGCUGUGGGUGAUACAAGCGUUCUCAGCACAUUCGAGUACGAAUGUGACGAGGAAAGCUUUGUGUGUAAGAAUCUCAGGAAAAUUAUGUAUGAAAAUUAUGUAAAUGACGUUAAUCUCGACUUUAUGAGUGAGGAUCAGAUCCUGUUCAUGAAUUGGAGGAGAAUCUGUCAGUAUGGCAACAAUUUGGUGAUUCCAAGCCUAAAUACCGGAAAUUCUGCGAAAGCUUUUAUUUUAGACAUCUGUUCUGGUAAUAUUGUGGAUAAUUUGUCAUAUCAGUCGAAACCUGGGACAAAUAACCAUAAAAUCUCCUCCGUCGAUGUACACCCUAACCCAGAUGUAGGGCUUAUUCUCUCUGGAGGCUCCAUCAUGAACGGAAUGUGUACUGUGUGGCUAGAUAAGGCCAGAAUGUAAAAUAAUUAGUUUGCAAAAUGCAAGAUCCAGUAGUGAUAGAUAGUU